AUGAAGGGCGGCGACGUCGAGGCGGGUGGCACCGGCACCGGCACCGCGGCGCCGAAGGGGGCGCCGUACCCCGGGACGACGGAGAGCCCGGAGCUGCGCUGGGCGCUCAUCCGGAAGAUCUACGUCAUCCUCUCCCUGCAGCUUCUCCUCAGCGCCGCCGUCGCGGCCGUCAUCCUCAAGGUCCACCACUUCAUCGUCUCCUCGUACGACGGCAUCGGGAUCUACAUCUUCGGCUUCAUCUUCCUCUUCAUCCUCCCCUGCAUCGUGCUGUUCCCGAUGCUCAUGUACUGCAAGAAGCACCCAGUCAACCUGCUACUGCUUGGCGUCUUCACAGUGGCCAACACCUUCUCUCUGGGCUUGAUAAGUUCCUUUAGCGCAGGCAAGGUCUUUUUGCAGGCAAGGUCACUUUGGAUUCUUGUAAUGGUGGUUGUCUUGAGCCUCACCGCUUACACCUUCUGGGCUGCAAGGAGGGGCAAGGACUUCAGCUUCCUUGGUCCUUUCCUAUUUGCUUCUCUCAUGAUGUUGCUCGUCUUUGGAAUCAUUCAGAUCCUCUUCCCGCCGGGCAAGCUCUCUCACAUGAUCUAUGGCGCGCUGGCGGCACUCAUCUUCAGUGGCUACAUUGUCUAUGACACGGGCAAAAUCAUCAAGAGUUACACGUAUGACGAGUAUGUCCGGGCCGCCGCCUUGCUCUACGUUGACAUCAUCGGUAUGUUCGUGGGCCUGCCGCCGCCCCUGUAUAGGGCGGACGACAGCUAG